AUGAGAAGGAAGGCCAUGUUCACGGUGGGGAAGAGCAAGGGGGUGGUGGCAUCGCUGAUGCACAGGAGGCCCUUCCAGCACAUGGUGCUGAGGAGGCUCAGGGAGCUCAAGAAGAUAGUCCCUGAUGCCCGGGACGCGGACGUCGACGUGCUGCUCAGGCAGACCGCCGAGUACAUCUGCAUCCUGGAGCUCAAGGUGGCCGCCCUGCGGAGGCUCUCCGCCAUCUACGGUGCGUGA